CUUGGCAUAUUCCCGAGCCCAUUUGGUGUAAGCACUCGGUCGCGGACGGUUCGGACGAGCUCUCACUCUGUCUCUGCCCGGCGAACAAGUUCAAGGGAUUUUAAUUUGAAGACACGAGCCCGAAAGGAACGUAGCAGAAUGAUGAGCGUCAGCGAACAAAUUAAGGAUAUGGGCUACGCCGUCUUGCAGGACUUCCUUCGACCGCACGAGGUUGAGGAAUUAAAGUUUCACGGGCAGCAAUUUACGAAAAACUUGCCAUCUGAAUCAGAACGAAGGAUAUUUGACGCUACAAAUGUAUCACAGGCUAAGGAACAGUAUUUUCUGGAUAGUGCUAACCAAAUAAACGUGUUCUUUGAAGCUGAAGCCCUGGAGAAUGACGGAACGUUGAAAGUGGAACCGGAAAUAUCGUUAAACAAAGUGGGUCAUGCGCUUCACUGGUUAAAUCCCACUUUUAAAAAGUACACUUUCGACGAAAGGGUCAAGGAGGUCGCUUUUCAGCUUAAUUAUAAAGAGCCGGCGAUAUGUCAGUCGAUGUACAUUUAUAAGAACCCUACGAUAGGUUCGGAAGUGACAACGCAUCAAGACGCAACGUACUUAUAUACUGAGCCGGAGACGCUCUUGGGCUUUUGGAUCGCUCUAGAUGACGCUACGCAGGAAAAUGGAUGUCUAUGGAUCGCAGCCGGUUCGCACAAGAGUGGAGUGCAUAGGCGUUUCAUAAGAAACAAAGACCCGUCUUCUAAAGAAUUAUUGAUUUACGACAAAGCGGAGCCCCACUAUUCGCAAAGCUGUUUCACUCCCGUGCCAGUGCGCAAGGGUACAUGCAUUCUUCUUCACGGCCAAGUUCUUCAUUUCUCUGCUCCAAAUAGAAACAAUGUACCGAGACACGCUUACACUUUUCACAUAAUCGAAACUCAAGAUGUGAUCUAUGCGAAAGAUAAUUGGCUUCAACCACCCGCUUGUGGUUUCCCGAAACUCUAUCUAAAUUAAAUGUAUCGUACUAAUUUUGGGAAUCAUUGUUCAUGGAGUGUACGCAAGUAUAUCACGCGCGCACACAGGAAAAUAUGACGUACGUAUGCACCGAUGAUCUUGAGAUAUAAUUGUGUACAAGAAUUUAUUUUUUCAUAAGCAUAUAAAGGAAUAAUAUUUCUACCUACAACUUAGCAAUAAUAAAAGAAGAGUAAAU